AUGUUCACUGGUCUUGUAGAGCAAAUCGGCACAGUUAUUGGACUUGAUCCCCAAGACACGAGUGAAUCGGGUGGAAACGGCUGGAGCUUGACAAUCGGCGAUGCUGCUUCCAUUCUAGGUGAUUGUCAUAUUGGUGACAGCAUUGCUAUCAAUGGAACAUGCUUGACUGUUACCGAAUUUGAUAAGGAAACCUUUAAAGUUGGCGUUGCUCCCGAGAGCUUACGAAGGACCAACUUGGGAGAUUUGAAGGUGGGAAGCAAAGUGAAUCUUGAGCGAGCUAUGGAUAGUCAAAAACGAUUCGGUGGCCAUAUGGUGCAAGGCCAUGUGGAUACCACUGUCAGCAUUAUCAACAUUAAACCCGAAGGCAAUUCCGUGUGGUUCACAUUCCAGACAGACGACAAGGACAUCAUGCGCUACAUCAUUCCCAAAGGUUUCAUAUGUCUUGACGGAACCUCGCUUACCGUAUGCGACGUCGACGACAACGCAAGAACUUUCUCAAUCAUGAUGAUCGCUCAUACACAAGAACACGUGGUUAUGCCUCUGAAGAGUGUCGGUGACCGAGUCAACGUCGAAGUCGAUAUGCUUGCCAAGUAUGCAUUAAAGAGCCUUCAAAGUGCAAUUACGGAUAGCGAAGGAUUACUGACAUUAGUAAAACGCGCCACUGCAUUGUAA